AUGCCGAGACUAGAGAAGAGCAAGCAGGGCCCUCCACGCCACAGGGGAGGGCAGCGGGGCGGCGGGCCGGGCGAGCUGGCCUCACCAUGGACAGUGUGGAAACAAGAGAGAGUCGAGAACCGUCCUGGAGGCCUGGAGCUCACGCCUGUCAUCCCAGCUGCUCAGCAGGAUGAGAUGUGGCGACGCGGGGAGGCCGCAGGCGGCGACGGCGACCACCCGGCCGCGGACCUGGAGUUGCUGUGGGAACGUUUCUCCCACAGCCUCGCCGCCGGAGACAACCCGGAGAUGCUGGCCUUCCUCACCAGCUCCGGGGAGGCGGCGCGCCCGCCCGCGCCCGCCGAGCUCCACCUGGUUCUCAGAACUCUCAUCCCGAAAGCCAGCCCCCAGUGCCGGCUUGCGGCCCCGAAGAGAGAGAUGGUCGUGCAAGAUGUCUCUAGAGGAACUGCAACAUUUUUACCUUUGGAAGAAGACAGUGAGGGGAACCUAAGAGUGACAAUGAGCAAUGUGUAUCAAAUUGAGCUCAGUCGCACGGAAGGAGAAUGGUUCAUGUCUAUUUUAAUUUUCUGUCCAGAGAGAUGGCAUUCAGAUGGAGUUAUUCACCCUAAACCCACCUGGCUUGUAGAGGAGCUGCUGGGCAAGCUGGCCCGGUGGGCUGUGGAGAACAAGAGGAGAGAAUUCAAGAGCACACUCUCUCUGAUUUCCAUCAUGAGCUACAGCAGGACCUACCAGGAACUUAAAGAGAAGUACAAAGACAUGGUCAAGGUCCUAUGGGAAGAGGAAAGAGUGGAGCGGGGAUUAACAGCGAAGCAGUCCUUUGUGGACCUGGGCUGUGGGAAUGGCCUCUUGGUCCACAUCCUGUGCAGCGAAGGGCAUCCAGGCAGAGGGAUUGAUGUCCGAAGAAGGAAGAUCUGGGACAUGUAUGGACCCCAAACUCGGCUAGAGGAAGGUGCUAUCACCCCUGAUGACAAGACCCUCUUCCCUGGUGUUGACUGGCUGAUUGGCAACCACUCAGACGAGCUCACGCCCUGGGUGCCCGUCAUCGCAGCCAGGUCCUCCUAUGACUGCCGCUUCUUCGUCCUUCCCUGCUGCUUCUUUGACUUCGCUGGGAAAUACUGCCGGAGGCAGAGCCAGAAGACACAGUACCGGGAGUACCUGGACUUCAUCCAGGAGGUGGGGCUCUCGUGCGGCUUCCACGUCCAAGAGGACUGCCUCCGGAUCCCGUCCACCAAGAGGGUCUGUCUCAUUGGGAAAUCCAGAACUUACCCUGCCUCUGGAGAGGCCUGGAUGGAUGAGCAGAGGACCCGGUACAUUCGUGGCCAGCAAGGCUGCCCAGCAAGCCCUCCUGGUGGCCAGCAUUCCUCUCCUGCACCCCGAGUGGUUGGCAGCAGCCUCCAAGACGGUUCUAGAGCCUUGGGUGUGGGGGCCGAGGGUGAGGCUGAGGCCAGGCCCUCAGAGCGGGGAGCCGAAGACCCUGCCACUGCCGGCCGGCCCUGGCUACCUGGAUUCCGCCCCAGAGAGAGAGCCCAGCGCCCAAGGAAUUGUGCCACCCUCCCUCCAGGCUUUGCUGACCAGGUGGUUUUGCAAGUGGCAGAGUUGCUGUUAGGUGGAAAGAAGCUGAACCCAAUGGGUUCUCAAGAAGGAAGUGUGAAGGCCUGGAACAGCGGAGAGAGCCUCUCCUUGGCAGAAGUGGCCGGGGAGCUGGACAGGGCGACCCUGCGGAGGCUGAAGCGGGAGUGCGGAGGCCUGCAGACGCUGCUCAGAAACAGCCACCAGGUGUUUGAAGUUCUGCACGGGCAAGUUCGCAUUCGAGACUGGAGACGAGAGCCGCAGAGGGAGAGGCGGCAGGGGGCCUUCAAGACCCGCCUGUGUUGGUUCUUCACUCACCACCCGGAUGGCUGUGUGCUGCCCGCUGCCAGCUGCCCAUUUGCCCAUGGGCCUGGGGAGCUGCGGCCGGCCCAGGGAGGCCGGGCCUAGAGGCUGUGCUCCUGGCUGGCCGCUCCUUGGCUCCUGCUUCCUCUGAAUUCCUGAUACACAGCCAGAAGCCAGAGGCACUCCCCAACUUGGGACACCCCGGGUUGCUGGGCUUGUUAUAUUCACAGCCCGGUCUCCGUGGGGCUGCCUCCUGUCGGCCAGCGUGUUUGCAGCACAUCUCCUCGGCGGCCCUGUGGAGACCAGGGCAGCACAAGCUGCAGGCUGGGCUGCCCAGGCUUCUUCUUGGCAAAGGUGCUGUGAGGAUCAAGGAGUGCAGAGAAGGUGCCCGGGCGCCUGCUGGCAUCGGACUGGACGCUGCCACCUUGUCUCCCCUCCCCUUCUCCAGAAGGCCUCCCAGAAAUGGCGUUUCCACCUUAAAUGGUUUUGUCAUUUGUUUGGUUCUUGGUGCUCCUAGGAUUUGGACUCUGCCUGCAGGAGUGCUCCACAC